GUCUCUUAGCUUCCAUUGUGCCUUGUCAAUUUUUCUUUAUUUGUCAACAAAGCAGCGUUUCGGCGGAAAUCUCGUGCCCAGUCGAAAGUCGGCCGAAUAUACCCUCAACCGAGGAUUGACAGUAGGACUGACCUGCAGACCCGGACAGCCGCAGCGUCAGGCAUAAGAGUCAAGACUGGUCCGAGUGGCAGUGUGUGUAUUUUCGAGUGAUUUUUCCGUCGCCGCCUGACAUGGAGGACAUUUUCCAAUGGACCCGCGAGGGAAACGCGAUGCAAGUGCGCGUCUGGCUCGACGACACCGAACACGACCUCAACCAGGGAGACGACCACGGCUUCAGUCCUCUGCACUGGGCUUGCAAGGAGGGCCACACAAAAAUCGCCGAGCUGCUGAUUCAACGAGGUGCCAGGGUGAAUGUCACCAACCGAGGCGACGACACUCCUCUCCACUUGGCAGCUGCCCACGGGCACAGAGAAAUUCUGCACCAGUUGCUCCGCCACAAGGCCGACGUCAACUUCAUCAAUGAGCACGGCAACACUCCUCUGCACUACGCAUGCUUCUGGGGAUACCAAACCAUUGCUGAAGACUUGGUCGCCCAAGGUGCUCUCGUGUCCAUAGCAAACAAGGAUGGGGACACUCCACUGGACAAGGCCAAAGGGCCUCUGUCUAAGGGCCUUCACGAGCUGGCAGUGGCCAAUGGGCAAGAUCUGAAGAAAAUCCAGUUCAAGGACCAGAGCUGGCUUGGCAUGAAAACGCGUAGUCGUGAUGCCACUCUCUCAAGACACAAAGGAAUCGACAUUGGAGAGCUGUCCCUGCACACAAGAAUUGCUGAGGGUCCUUCUGGUGAGACCUGGAAGGGCCGCUGGCAGAAGAAUGACAUUGUGGCUAAAAUCUUGUCGAUCAGGGAAUGUACUCCCCGCAUCUCCAGGGACUUCAACGAAGAGUUCCCCAAACUGAGAAUUUUCUCGCACCCAAACGUGCUGCCUGUGCUCGGCUGCUGCAACUCGCCUCCCAGGCUGGUGGUGAUCAGCCAGUGGCUGCCCAACGGCUCUCUAUUCCGUCUGCUGCAUGAGGAAACAGGCGGACUGGUGGUUGACAACGCGCAAGCUCUCAGGUUCGCUCUCGGCAUUGCCCGGGGGAUGACUUUCCUGCACUCAAUCGAGAGGAUCACCCCUCAGUUCCACCUCAACUCGUACCACGUCAUGAUUGAUGACGACCUCACUGCCAAAAUAAACAUGGGGGACGCCAAGUUCUCCUUCCAAGAGAGGAACAGAAUCUAUCAGCCUGCAUGGAUGUCGCCUGAAGCCCUGUCCAAAGGCCCAAAAGAGAGGAAUUGGGAGGCGUCCGACAUGUGGUCUUUCGCCAUCCUGCUGUGGGAACUGGCCACCAGAGAAGUGCCCUUCGCUGACCUUUCACCAAUGGAGUGUGGCAUGAAGAUCGCCCUUGAAGGACUGCGAGUGUCUGUGCCCCCUGGUAUUUCAGCCCACCUGAGUAAGCUUGUCAGAAUCUGCAUGAACGAGGAUCCCGGUAAGCGACCCACCUUUGAAAUGGUCAUGCCCAUUCUUGAGAAAAUGCAGCGUUAGACGACAGAAUACACCGAAUGCCUUAACAAUGUUUCUUUUUUUACUUAAUAUCGGCUUUACAAAAUCAAUGCCUUGCUGUGGGAUAAGAUCAAAAAUUAUUAAAAGCAUUGAAUGCGAGAGUAGAUUAAAAUGAUGAUAAUAAGAGUUGUAGCCUAAACAUGGUAAUUUACUUCCUGUCAGUAUUACUUGUUGAUAUUUUAGUCGAGCGAAUGGAAAUCUUAACAGAAAUUUCAUCUAAUAGUACUAGUCUGGACUUAAAAACUGUCACGGAAAUAUUUAAUUUAUUAAUCAUCUGCAUUUCUAAAGCAGGCGUUGUCGCCAAUUCGCUAACUCUCUCUGUUGAUUUUUAUAAAUACAGAUAUUUUAUUGUAUAAUACCAUUUUUUGAACUGAUAAUGUGCACAAAUAAUCCAGUAAUCUCACAAAUCUACCUUUUUGUUCAUAUUUUACAGAGUUACAAAUGUUUUCCAAUAUACUGUGCCAUAAAAGCCGAGUAUUUUUGUAUUUUAAUCAAUUUUGACCAGCGGGAAUGUUUUCAUUUGGUGCAGUUUAUCAACGCAAGUCAUUCUGAAGAUUUUUGGCAGUGCCUUUUACGCGGUUUAUUCAUGAAAUUCAGUGCCUGUAUGCGAAGCGCAAAUUAUGUAAGAAAAUAUAACAGGGAUUCCGUCUGAUUUGUUAAUGAAGAUUGUAAAAUUUACAAAUGCAUAUAUUAUAUGUCUACAUAAUAAAGUUAAGCUAAUAAAUAGACAA